CCAAGAAUCAAGUUUAUAUUUAAAACAGAAGCUGAUACAAACUGAUUUUGAAGACACUUUUACAGGAUUUGUUGAAGAGAGUUAACCAGGAUGGAUCCAGUGCCGUUUACUCCGCCUGAGGUCAUCCUAAACUAUGGAGAAGAGCAGUCAGGAUCGCUGCCCCUUUAUCAUUUCCCUCCACGUUAUCACCGACCGUUUCCUGCAGAACUAAACACCAGCAGCAAUGAAACCAGCAGCUGUGAGGCGAGGACGGAUGGAUCGGCAUCACAGAAACCUGCCACGGUUGCAGAAAUGCUCCGCAGCACAGCAGCAAACUCAGAUCACAGGACGUCUCAGACACAGGCGGCUUCAAACCAAACCCCGAUGGGCCCCGUCCAGCACCAGGGGAGUCCCUCUUUCUUACAUUUCCUGCCAGGUGUUAGCCCCUCUCCUCUCAGCCUCCAGGAUUUCUCCCCUGAUCCCCCCCAGAUGGGAUUGUCACCGCUUCUCCCAGAGCUCGUAUUCACCCCCUGCUCUCCUCAGGACCCCCUCUGGCUGAAUAUGAACCCCCUCUCCGUCACACCUGACUCCAGGUUUGGUGUUAGUCCCUGUGUGCUGGUUCCAGUCAGCACCCCGACCGAGCCCUGGUUCAGCCCAGAUUCACCUGCUCGCUUCAGGCUCCCCCAGCCGCAGUUUUGUCCCAGUUGGUGCGUGUGUCCGGAGAGCGUCCCCGUCCAUCAGCCCUGCACUCCAGGCCUGUUACCAAGCAGAGCAGAGUCUACAGCGUCAGGGAGGGAACAGAGUGCAGAGCAGUGCAAGUCAGGAGGUCAAAGGUCAAAGAUUUGUAGAGAAGAAGAGAAAGAACACAGAGAGGAAACGUCUACCGAAGAAAAACUACGAGAAGACGACAGCGUCAACAACACGACAAAGUCUGAGACCUCCCUGACAUUUCUUGACCCCUUAGAUGAGGAAUUGCUGGCAAAUCACGCUUUUGAGGACUACAUGUCGAUCAUGGACGCCCUCAGUCCCGAGAUCCAAGAGAACGUGGACGCCAAAGCGCAUGAAACUGAGGAAGAAAGAGAUGUGGAAGAGGAGAAACUGGAAAUAGAGAACGGCUCGUUUCUGGAGUAUCUGGAUGAGCUGUGCAAGGACGAGGAUUUCGUCAAAAGGGUGGGGUUGAUACUGGACACAGAGUACCUGGAUUCCCUCCUUUCUUCCAGUCUAGCUCCCAUCGAUCUUCUUGCACUGGAAGAACAAGAGCAGGUGGCGUCAACUCUGAACAUAGAAGAACAUACGGAUUCCUUCCUUUCUUCAGACCAUUCAGAGGCCAUUAACUUUAUUCCACUGAAAGAGCAAGAGGAAGAGACUUUGGAAGAGGUUCUGCAGGAGCAAUCACUUCAACCUGCUCUCUGCUGCUCUCCUCUCCUCCCUUCACACCUGCUAGAAGAAACACCUGGAAGUCAGGAGAACGACAGCUUUCCGUUACCUGAAGAACACUGCAGCCCUCUUCGUCACAGUGGCUCCCUCUUCAUGGACUGUAGUUUCACUUCAUCUCUGCUGUCGCCUGCCAAAACCUCCCCAGACACCAGUCCUACUUCUGAGUUGACGGCAGGAGACAGUGAUGCAUUGGUGGCGGCACCUGCAGCUACACUUCCUGCAGCCGACGGUGGUCAAGAUGAGUCCAAAGACGUCUUGGUGUCCCUCAAAAACCUUUCAAACAACCUGUUGGCUCAGUUGUCCCAGAAGCUCCAGGAUGGAUCUUUAUCUGGAGAUCAUCUUGCUUCCAAGUCCCCCUCAAGCUGCAGGGUUUCAGGCUCGCUGGAGGACCCUCGUCAGGAUCCUGCGCUCAGUUUCAGAGCCGAUUCGUUGACCGACAGCCCGCCGCAAUCACCCGAGCCUCCAUCUUUGAGGUUCCUAGCUUUGAAAACACUUAACCUCCUGCCUCCACCACCAGCCCAGAUAAGAGAGGCCGAGGAACACCACAGCCCCUCAAACCCAAAGUCCUUCAGCACCCCACCCAAAGAAAGUGACGACACCAACUAUGCAAUUCCUGUGCCAGCUAGUUUGUCUUUUGUAGAAGACUCCCGUGAUCCCCAAGCUGGUGGCGAUAUAUCAGGCUCGGUGCCUGAAAAACAGACAGUAGAACCACCAGAACGACUGCAAGUUCCUCAAGAGUCAGCGACCCCCGGCGUCUUCUCUGAACUCAGGACAGGAGCGCGGCGAGAGACAGAGACGAAAUGCCAGAGAGAUCCGGAAAAAGGUGUCAGAACAUCGGUGACACGGAAACCAAAUAAAGAAAAAAGGAUGAUUAAAAAGACUUUUGAAAAGAAGAAGGAGAAAAAAGAGACCAAACUGAUCAGACGCAGUCAGAGACAAUCAGGCCAAAGACUCUUCGUUGAAUACAAAACAGAAACAGCAGAAGAGAAGAAACCCAGCGAGAAGAACAUUAAGAAAACGGCUCAAUCGACCCCAGAGAAGGACGAGGUAAUUUAUGAAAAACAGAGACGGUACUCAGGAGAAAAGCAAUUAUGUAAAAAAGAGGAGAGUCAAGGAACAAAUGUAAUAAAUUCUGAACAAUCUGGGGAGACGGCGGACGAGAAACAAGGUCAGAAACUCGCAGGGGAUCAGCGUGAGGCCAACAGCUCUGACGUCUGCGCUGAAACGGGGGAACAAAACGCUCUUUUAACCAAAACACAACAGGACAAGACGGGUAAGGGGAGAGUAAAUAGAGAAGAGGAGGCGGUCCGAAUGUCCUGUAUUGUGAGGCGAAGAACUAGGAGCAUGGCUACCGAAGAAAAGGUGCAGCUGAGUCCAGUUUUAAGUCCGUCAACUAGAGCCAGACAGAAAAACAAACACUCAGAGACGCAGAGAAGCGAGACAAAGUCCUCACCUAAGAGAGGAAAACAAGUCGAACCAGAAGGAAAUGAGCAGGAGAACGUAAGUGAACCGCAGGCUCUGCCAGUUUCAAGUCCUAAGAAGAGGAGCAGAGGCAGGAGCGAUGAAGAGGAGAAAAGCGAGACGGCUGAUGAGACACAAUCAAGUGGAUGCGAGGCCGAAGAGGAGGUGUCACCUUCUCCGCCGAGCCCAAGAGUUCAGACUCAAUCAGCACAAGACUCAAAGGAUGAUCAAGGUAGUCUUGAAGAGUCGCCAGGGGAAACACUGCUGAACGAGAUAAAUGAGCCACUCUCUGCGAAAACCUGCGAGCAACAAAUGAAAAUACUGAAUGACGGCGACAAAUCUCAUGACUUUUACAGCUUAAGGUCAAGAACUCGCAACACGAGACAAGUCAGGAAGUCGGAGAAACCCGAUAUGUUGGACAUAAGAGGAACUCAAGACGACGAGGCGACACAAGCAGCGCAUCGCUCGUCUGGGCUGAGAGACACAAGUCCAGACAAGACGGCGGAUGUGAACGGUGAAAGAGAAAAGAUAAGCGAGGAAGAACAUCCAGGCGUCACAUCGAGCCCGGCGAAAAGACAUGGUGACAAGGUGGAGCUUGAAUCAGAGACGCACAGGUUAAGUCCGAUAAAAAGAGCAAGACGAAAGAAAACCGAGGUGAAGUCUGAGAGAGAUGAAGAGCAGACGGGAAACGAGAGGCGUCACGAUGAGGCCGAAAACCAGGACGAGGUGGACACAUCUGGCUGUAUCUCAAGCCCAGCGUCAGCGGGAGGCGACAUAAAGGAAGAGUUUGCUGAAAAAGAUGCAGGCAGGCGACCUUCAAGAGACCAACGCAGCGUAGCGGAAACCAGAGGGGACCGUUUUCCUUGUAGGAGACGAACGCGGCUUCUUGUAAAGUUGCCCACAAAGUACGAAGACUUUAUCUUGUGUAAGACGAAAAGGACACGACAAACAGCAGCCGGACGAGCGGAAAAGAAAGACGGGAAAAGGAAAAAGAGGUGAUCCGGUUAUCAAAAAUGUGACACAAGAAAAUCAAAAGUAUGUUAUGAUGAGUGCAGGAAAUGUGAUGCUGGGAGAA